AGCAUUAAGAGGUGUGCAGCCCAUCCAAAGACCCCCGGGGGGACUUGUGUAAUUAAAAUGAUCUCACAUCAUGUGAAACCAGAUCUGUCCCUGUUUGGCAAAGAGCUUUCCCACUGGCCAAUGGGAAGAUGGGCACUCUGGAACAGAUGGUAAAAGAAUAUCAUAUCAACAGCUGUGGUCAAGUAUGUUUACCAAUGAAGAGAGGGUUGAUUAUGGGUGCCGAGGAUAAAGGAUUUCCUUCGUAACCCAGGCUAAAUGGACGCCAGUUCCAACACAGUGGUGGUUACGGGCUUUGGUCCCUUCCGGCAACACUUAGUUAACUCUAGUUGGGAAGCUGCAAAGGAGCUAUUGAAACUUGGUCUUGGCAACGAUGUCGAUCUACAUAUCAUAGAAUUGCCAGUGGUCUACCAAAAGGCAAAAGAAAUGGUUUGUAAAGCAUGGGCAACUCUUAAUCCCCAGCUUAUGAUUCACCUUGGGCUGGCUUCUGCCUCAAAGAGAACCCUAAUUCUGGAACAGUGUGGGAAGAACAAAGGCUACAAAGACAAGGAUGUUUGUGGGUUUUGUCCAGAAGACAACUGCUGCCUCUUAGAGGGUCCAGAGAAAAUCGAGUCUAUAAUUAACACGAAGCAAGUCUGGAAAAGCCUUCGGGUGGAAGGUGUGGAUAUCACCUUUUCCAGAGAUGCAGGAAGGUACCUCUGUGAUUAUGUCUACUAUACUUCCCUUUACUAUGGGAACAGAAGAGCGGUAUUUAUCCACGUGCCUCCUCUGACCAAGUUGGUGACGGCAGAACUUCUGGGAAAUGUGCUACAGGCAAUUAUCUUGGAGAUGUUAAGGCAAUGCAAAUCAGAAAACAUAAAGGGGGAAAAGAAAAACAAACUAUGAGAGGUGAAAGAAAAGAAGACAGCGGGACUGAAGCUACGCAGACAAGCGAGGAAGGGGGAAAAAGCACUACAAACAUAUAUUUUCUUUUCAUCUCCAGUCACAUCUAGCAGUUAUAGUUCAUUUCUUUGUUCUUUUUCAAACAACCCCACCCCCUCCCACAUAAA